UUUUAUUUUAAUUCCUGUACCUUAUGGGUAAUUUUAUUAUUUUCAGAUGCUGGAUAGACGGUGUGGAUAUCAACGACACGACAGCUGCAUGGAACUCCUCAAGCAUAUUAAAUGCUAUACCAAAGACUGCAGAAGGACAACUUACAAGUUGUUUUAUGUACGACGAAAACAAUUCUACAGUACAGUGUUCAAAGUUUGUCUUUGAUUCCACGUACAGAAGUUCGUCACGCGCCAUAGAAUGGAAUUUGGUCUGUGAUCGCAGAUGGAUGGGGGCUCUAGCACAAACCAUUUAUAUGUUAGGCGUUUUCACCGGAGCCGUUGUUUUAGGAGGCAUGGCUGACAAAUACGGCAGAAAAAAAAUAUUCUGUUGGUCGGGAGUCUUACAACUUGUUUUUGGUGUGGUAGUUGCUUUUGUGCCUGAGUAUUGGUCUUUCUUAGUUGUUCGAUUUUUAUAUGGAAUAUUUGGCUCAGCUGGUUCCUAUAUCACCGGGUUUGUGUUAACCAUGGAGUUAAUGGGGGCGAGCAAAAGGACAGCCUGUGGCGUUGCUUUUCAAGCAGCAUUUGCAGCUGGAAUCAUGCUCGUAGCCGGCUGGGGAGCUCUUAUUGACGAUAGGCAGCUAUUGCAAGUUAUUUACGGGCUACAUAGUUUAUUGCUAAUCCCACAUAUUUGGAUUAUGGAUGAAUCUCCUAGGUGGCUUUGGGCUCAAGGUCGAGCCAAAGAAUCAGUUGAUAUAGUAGCCAAAGCUCUAAAAUGUAACAGGUCAGAACAUACACUAGAUAGAGCGGAAUUGGUUUCCAUAGGUAAGGUCGAAGUCUCCAAGGGAAAUGACACUUCUUCUGCAGGCACAUCAGAUUUAUUCAAGACACCCAAUUUACGAAACAAAACAUUAAAUGUUUGUUUCUGUUGGUUUGCUAACUCAAUAGCAUAUUAUGGACUAACAUUAAGUACAGGAAAACUUGAGGGUAAUCCAUACCUAAUUACAGCCAUCUUAGGAUUCGUUGAAUUUCCCAGUUAUGCAGCGGUUAUUUACUUCCUUGAUAUUUGGGGUAGAAGGCCAUUAAUAAGUUUAAUGAUGAUCGUUGGUGGAGUAGCGUGCAUAGGGGCAACUCUCAUUCCUGCGGGAAGUACACUGUCGACUGCAAUUGUCAUAGCUGGAAAACUAUUUAUUGCUGGUUCAUUUGCUAUAAUUUAUAAUUACUCUGCAGAGUUAUUCCCCACUGUGAUUCGUAAUUCUGCAUUAGGAUUAGGAUCUAUGUGCGCUAGGCUUUCCGGAGCUUUGACUCCAUUGAUAACUUUAUUAGACUCUUUUAAUCCUAAAAUUCCUGCAGUAACUUUUGGAUUAGUAGCGCUUAUAUCCGGGUUUUUGUGUCUAUUAUUGCCAGAAACUAAUAAUCAACCCAUGCCACAGACAUUGGAAGACGGAGAGAAUUUCGGUUUAGGGGAUACGUGCUUCACCACUUGUAUGGGUAAGAGAAAGAAAAAUAAAACGUAUUCAGUGGAAGACAAAGCCGCAGCUGAAGCAAUGGUUCCUUUAGAAGGCAUGAGUAGAAAAGCCUAACAUGAAAUAUUAAGUUACUUAGAUCUUUCAAAAUUAUCUCAGUUAAAAAAUUAUUGAAUUAUUUUUGUGAACAAAUAUUGAGUUAUUGUGAUAUUGUUGAGUCAAUAUUAUAUCAAAAUUGUUAUAAGUGCUAUUAUAAGUAAAAUGAAUGUUUCAUAAUAAAUGUGCCUGCGAUGUUUUGUGAUAAAUUGAUACUCUAAGUGCGUAUGUAGGUACUAGUUAACAUGGUAAGAAACUUGUUUUUAGUCUUUGGCAAGCAGUUUUUUUGUUUGUAUCGACGUUUGUUUAUAUCAAAUGUAGAGAUACCUAUGAAAAGUAUAGUUGAUAACUCUAUUUUGUAUAUAAAAUGUACAUAACUAUUUACCAAAAUAAAAUUGAUUUA